CUACUCGGUGUCUCCCCAUUACACAAUGUUUAGCCAUCGGAAAACGGCAAUCGUAACCGGCGCAUCGUCAGGUAUCGGGCAACAUUCCGCAAUUGCGCUGUCCAACGCUGGCUGGAACGUCGUCCUGACGGCCAGGCGCGAGGAGGCUCUCCGAGAAUCAGUCAAAUUGUGUGCGCAUCCCGAGAAUACUCUUGUCAUUGCGGGGGACGUUACAAGUGAAGACUUUGUCAAGGAACUCUUCGCCAAAGCCGUGGAGAACUUUGGUAGAUUGGAUCUUCUCUUCAAUAAUGCUGGCACAAAUGCCCCCCAAGUUCCAAUUGAAGAAUUGUCCCUAGACACAUUCCAGCGGGUGAUAAAUGUCAACCUAAUCGGCCCAUUCCUUUGUACUCGCGAAGCAUUCAAGGUCUUCAAGAACCAGGCCCCUCCCGGCGGCCGCAUCAUCAAUAACGGUUCCCUCUCAGCCCAUGUACCUAGGCCCUUCUCCUGCCCGUAUACGGCCUCGAAGCAUGCCAUUAGCGGACUCACAAAGUCCACCUCUCUAGACGGUCGGCCCUUCAAUAUCUCGUGCACCCAAAUUGAUAUUGGAAAUGCUCAAACAGAUAUGGCCGCAAGACUUUCAAAGGGAACUCUUCAGCCCGACGGUAGAGUAAUACCAGAAGCCAUGAUGGAUGUCCAACAUGUCGCCGAUGCUAUCAUUCACAUCGCUGGCCUACCUAACGAUGUUACUGUCCUCGAGAUGAAUAUCAUGCCAACACACGCGCCAUUCAUCGGGCGAGGAUAAUAAGGAGACAUUUCCAGUUGCUAUACAUUGUUAUAUAGACGUCGACACUACUUGGCGUAUAUUGUAGUUCUAUGCAGAAAGGGAGCAACGCGUGACAAAUGUAAAUAUGCUAGAAAUACAGGUCGAUCUUGCGUGAAUAUGGCCUAACCCAUCCAAAGAGAAUAAUAUAAAAGAAAUG